GAAGAAUAUCAGUAAAAAAGAAUGGUUUGCCUCCGGAAAAGCCAGAGAAAUUGAAUGAUGGUUUAGAUGAUCUAAAGUUAGUUCCAGACCAAGAACAAAACCCAAAAAUCAAAGAAGGGGAAUUGGUAGGAAUUCCUAUUCAAUCAUGCCACGACCUCAUUUGGAGCAAUUGCGGUUAUUUGCUAGUUUUUAACGAUAAAGAGACGAUUAAAUUUUUAGAAAAAGAAAGAGAUGAACCCCAUUAUUUUCAAUUAGAAACUGAAAUUCGAGCAGAAGGACAAUUCAUGGAAGAUAUAUUUUACUACGGAGAACUUAAAUAUUUUGUCCCCACGAAUAUAAUUGAAAGUCAAAAUAAUUUCCUAAAAAUCAGCAUUGAACCAAAGCAAUACUAUUCGGGUCUGGUUGAUACUUUAACCUUCCAAGGAGAGAAAAUUAACCAAUACCGUGAUUUCAUUGAACUAUCUGAUGAGAAAACCACAAGUCAUAAGCCAGAAAAAACUAUCCCCGAAAUAAAAAAAGACCUGGAAAAAUAUUACCGAGAGAAUAAUAUUAAAUCGAUAAAAUUAAGCGACGAGGACAAGGAACUUAUGGAUAUUGUUUUUAAUAGUGGCGAGAAAAAAGUUAGUAAUACUUUUUCUAAUCGGCGGGAUAAACAAAAAUUAGAACAAGUAAAAAUUUAUUUAAAAAGUAAUAAUAAGGAAAUUCUUAAUUAUUCUGAGUUAGGCGACAGUUCUAUCGUUAAUCCUUCUCGUAAUUCCAAUAAAGGAAACGGUGAACCAGAACCGAUGCUGCACCUACAACAGUCAGAAUCAGAAGGCGAGGAUAGACAAAAAAAUAUGAAUAAAAGCAAUAAAGAAUAUUAA